AUGGCUUCAGAUAUGGGGACUCUUGUACAGCUCCUCGAAGCCACACUAGAUCAUCGGCAGCAUAAGCAAGCGGAGAUCGCGCUCAAGACCGAAGAGAAGAAACCUGAAUUCUCGCUUCUCCUGCUCAACAUUGUCGCCUCGGGGUCUCUGCCGCUGAACACACGACUUUCGGGGGCGUUGUGCUUCAAGAAUUUUAUCAAAUUCAACUGGGUAGACGAGGAAGGAACGUACAAACUCGCCGAAAAUGAGGUUAUGACAAUCAAGAAGGAGCUCAUAGGGCUUAUGAUCUCAGUACCUCCCAGUAUCCAAGCACAACUAGGAGAAACGAUCAGCGUGAUCGCAGACUCUGAUUUUUGGACUCGAUGGGAUACAUUGGUUGAUGACCUGGUUUCCAGGCUGACCCUUGAUAAUGCGAAAGUCAACAUUGGGGUGUUAGAAGUGGCGCACUCAAUCUUCAAACGAUGGAGACCCCUUUUCGCAUCCGACGACUUAUACACAGAGAUCAAUCAUGUUCUUUCGAAAUUUGGAGAGCCAUAUGUUCAGUUGCUUGCGAGCACCGAUCGCCAGAUUGAGGCAAACAAGAACAACAGGGAAGCUUUGAUACAACACGUUGAAGUCAUGAAUCUGUUGGUCAAGCUCUUCUACGAUCUUUCCUCCCAGGAUCUUCCACCAAUCUUUGAAGACAACCUGGGAGAUGUGACCGCAUUGUUGCAUAAAUAUCUCACCUACGAAAAUCCGCUCCUAGCAACCGAUGAUGAUUCAGAGUCUGGACCACUGGAAUUUGUCAAGGCUGGAAUUUGUGAGGUUAUGACCUUGUACAUGCACAAAUAUGAGGAUGCCUUUGGAGACCUGUGCAAACCUUUCAUUACGAGCGCAUGGAGCCUGUUAACAACCAUUGGCCCGGAGACGAAAUUCGACAUACUCGUAAGCAAGGCGUUGCAUUUCUUGACUGCUGUGGCAAGUCUCGAUCGACAUGCGCAAAAUUUCAAUAACGAGGAAAUCUUAGGCCAGGUAGUGGAGAAGGUCAUUCUGCCAAACGUCAGUCUGCGGGGAUCGGAUAUUGAACAAUUUGAGGAUGAGCCUAUCGAAUACAUUCGGCGGGACCUUGAAGGAUCUGAUGCCGACACCCGACGGAGAGCAGCUACGGAUUUCUUACGAAAAUUACUCGAGAAGUUUGAGCGCCUCGUUACGGAUGUUGUUGGACGAUAUAUCACGCACUACCUUGCAGCCUUCACGAGAGAUCCAGCGAGCGAGUGGAAGUCGAAGGACACCGCUAUGUACCUUUUCUCGGCAAUUGCAGCAAAAGGAGUUAUCACUGCUACCCACGGUGUCAAGACAACUAAUUCCUUGGUGGACGUGGUUGAUUUCUUUCAGAACAACAUUGCGAACGAUCUUAUUGCUGACACAGGUGUGGAGCCAAUAUUGAAAGUGGAUGCUAUCAAGUUUCUCUAUACCUUCCGAAGUCAGUUGACGAAGGCUCAGUGGAGUGCUGCGUUUUCCCCCCUUGUCAAGAACUUGGCGUCUUCCAAUUAUGUUGUCUACACAUAUGCUUCGAUCGCCGUGGAACGAGUACUCUUCCUCACAAAUGAUUCGGGAGAACACAUUUUUGGAAAGGAUGAAGUCACUCCAUUCGCCAAGGAUCUCCUUGAGCUUUUAUUCCAGCUCAUAGAGAAGGAUCCCGCACCAGAGAAGAUCCAGGAAAAUGAGUUCUUGAUGCGCUGCGUUAUGCGGGUUCUGAUCGUCAUCAAGGACAGCGUACUAUCGAUCACAGAUAUUGUUCUCCAGCACUUGAUUAGCAUCACCGACAUUAUCGGGCGAAACCCAAGUAACCCGCGCUUCUACUAUUACCAUUUCGAGUCGUUGGGUGCCUUGGUCCGCUACGCGGCUUCAUCGCAACCCGAAAAGCUGGAGAACGAUCUAUAUCCUCCGUUCGCGGGAAUCCUUCAAAACGAUGUCCAAGAAUUCAUGCCUUACGUAUUCCAAUUAUUCGCUGCACUUCUUGAAGCUCGUCCGCAUGGCCCGCUCUCCGAAUUCUACAAAGCAUUGGUUGCUCCAGUACUUAUGCCAUCCUUAUGGGAAUCGAGAGGCAACGUACCUGCACUUGCUCGAUUGCUUUCGUCCAUCAUACCAAGAAGUGCAGCAGAUAUCGUGGCUAACAAUCAAGUCGAGCCAAUCCUUGGAAUAUUUCAGAAGCUCAUGUCGGGGAAGGCAAGGACCGAGCUCUAUGGAUUCGAUGUUCUGGAAGCUGUAGUCACGUCCUGUGAAGUGUCGGCCAUCCAACAAUAUUUCCCGACAAUUCUGACCAUAAUUUUCACGCGACUGAACAACAAUGCGCCAGAGAAAUUUAAGCACAGAUUCAUUCGCUUCUACCAUCUUGUAGCAUCGCGGGAUCAGUUAGGCCUCGGCGCUGACUUUUUCAUUCAAAAUUCCGAUACCGUUCAGGACGGUGUUUACGUGCCAAUAUACUUGACAAUCAUCCUGCCUUCAACACAACAGCUAGCUCGACCUCUCGAACGCAAACUAGCUGUUGUCUCGCUUACCAAGACCUUAGCAGAUUCACAAGCUUUCGCCGUCAAGUACGUAAAGGGCUGGGGCAAGACUUGUGAGGCGUUGUUGAAGCUGCUGGAAAACCCUCCGAUGCCAGUUACUGCUGAUGAUGUCGUCAUGGAUGUUGACGUCGAUGAUCUUAGCUUUGGAGUUGGCUUCACGGCUUUAAAUACCUGUAAGAAGAUUCCCAGGGACGAGUGGCCAGAAGUUACGGAUGUGAAGUUAUGGGUCGGAUCGUAUCUCAAGGCUGCAGAUGCGAGGCAGGCGGGAGCGAUCGCUGAAUACGUCAAUGAGCGACUUUCGCCAGAGGCGAAAGUCGUCCUGGUAUCCUAUAUGCGAUGA